CGCGUGGUUGCCUCCAAGGUGCGUCGGGUCCGUGCCGGAACAUUUCUUGGAGAUUCGCAUUCUUAUAAAUGUUAGGCGAACCCUAAGGAGGAUUUCAAUUCACAUAAUUUGAAUGUCUAACGUGUGGCGAUGUAGAGCCUUUAACGAGUCGCCCGUGUAACCUGGGAUGGACCAAACAAUACCAUUGCUGGUCUGGUACAUGGUUUUUGUCCGAUCUGUGUCUGGUCAGAUGCCCCCCAAAGAGGUGGAGCCCGAGUUCCUCGCGCCUCUUGAAAACCUGACAGUCACACAAGGUCGAGAGGUCACAUUCACUUGUGUGGUCAAUCAUCUGGGAGCUUACAAGGUUGCAUGGAUAAAGUCAGACUCGAAGGCUAUCCUCGCUAUCCACACUCAUCUGGUGGCUCAUAACACGAGGCUGUCUGUGACUCAUAAUGGUCAUAACACGUGGAAACUGACAGUGAACAACGUGCAGAAGAACGACUCUGGAACUUACAUGUGUCAGAUCAACACGGACCCCAUGAGGAGUCAGAUGGGGUACCUGGAGGUCGUGAUUCCUCCUGAUAUUCUCAACGAGGACGGCCCAGACGACUAUGUAGCGGUAGAAGGAGGAUCAGUCAAGGUCAAGUGUAAAGCUACUGGAGUUCCGGACCCAACUGUGCUGUGGAGGAGGGAAGACUCCCAACCCAUCGUGCUGCGGGCGGACAGUACCAGGGAGAAGCAAGUUGUCAGGCAGUUUGACGGGGAAGAGUUGUUAUUAACCAAUGUACAUCGGGCUGAUAUGGGAGCUUACCUGUGUAUCGCCAGCAACGGAGUGCCUCCUUCCGUCAGCAAACGGUUUAUAGUCCAAGUUCUCUUUCCACCUAUGACCAAAGUCUCAAACCAAUUGGUUGCAGCGCCAGCUGGUAGUGAUGUGGUCCUUGAGUGCUACGUCGAGACCUCGCCUAAAGCGAUGCACAGCUGGUUCAAAGAGACUGGUGAGAAGCUAAUGCCAAGCGCCAAAUAUUCCAUGGAAGAAUAUCCGAUCAAUGACUACUCUUUGCUGAUGAACAUAACGAUUCGAUCAUUAGAAAAGAGGGACUUUGGUGGAUAUGUUUGCUCAUCAGUUAGUGCUAUGGGGAAAUCAGAAGGCCUGAUAAGGCUCCAAGAGUUAAACAUUCCAAAGACUACAGUCAUGCCCAGUCCCAACUACUACGAGCCGGUGAAACCAGCUCGGAAAAAGCCUCAUAAGACCCAUGUGAAGGAGAAACACCAGGGGUCUCGCAAGAAGAACCACAAUCAUCACGAGGAGGUAGAGGAGGAACCUAGAACCACAGCCGAGGUGAGGACGGAGUCUUCUCUGGUGUCUCAUCCAAGCAGACCGCCUUCCUGGAUACUGCAUCACAACGAGGUUGGCCCCAGUUCGGGCGCCAAACGAAAUGUAGGAGUCAGUGUCGCUGUAUUGACGUACAGUGUCACUCUGUAUUGCCAAUGGUUAUUGCAUAUGUAGAUACAGUUGGUUUUGUCAAUCAUUGUUUUGACAAUGUAUAGCUGGGCCACUCUAACGACACCAGAUCCAAUUUUAAUUUUGUUUAGACAUAUCAAUAUGACCCAUCAACACAAUAGUGUCUCAAAUAUAAAAAACAUUAUUGUGUAGGGAUUAAAAAUCAAACAUACUACGGAAAAAACAGUUUACCAAAAUAUACGUAAUUUAACAUAUACGGACAUGAUAACAUAUUUAAAUAAUAAAGGCAUAUAUUUGGUAAAACUGGAACACGUAUUCACACAAAAGAACUUAUGUUUUACGACAAAUGCAUCGUCAAAAGAGAUCGCUAAUAUGAGCUAUACAAUGUUGUAUACGUGAAACAUAACGAAAAUACUGUCGAAUUUUAUCAAACCGAUAGCGGAAAACAAGCCCUCAGAUAUACCAUGAUGUAAAUGCAACGAUAGUGUUAAACUUAGAUAAAUUAUAGAUGCAAAGUUGGAUUUGGUGUUACAAAACUUGGCUUCACUUUGCUUUAGGCGUCUUCCAGCACAGAAUAAGCUUUGUAUAAGACUCAAAGUCUUACAAUACGUACGCUUUAUUUUUUGAUAGGUUUAUAGGAGGUAAAAGUUAUACUUUGUAAUCUUAAGUUGAUUAAGACUUUUGUAAGCUAAGAUGUU